AUGAACGCCCUCGAUUCGUCUGAUGAACACAUCCAGCGUCCGCGCACUCCUUGUUUUGAUGAAUUUCCCACUGAAUCAACAACCGCUCUCCAGACCUCCAAAGUACACGACACCUGUGCGACCUGUGGACAACGUUAUCCUGCUAAUGUGAUGCAGCAGCACACUUCUAACUGCAAAGGUUCACAUGUGUGCUCUUAUUGCGGGUCCACGUUUUCUCGAUCUUCCUACCUUAGACGUCACGUGAAUCGGAUGCAUUCUUCUUUUGGACGCCCCAUUUGUAGUGUUUGCUUGAAGACUUUCUCUUCUACCAGCGCUUUAUCGUUGCACCAGCGCUUGCAUCGUGAUGAUGCUCCUUACCGUUGCGAAUUCUGCGGCGCACGGUUCUCCCAAGGAUGCCAUCUAGAGUUCCAUCUAGAUUCUUACCAUGCUCAUUUGGAGUUGAAAAACAUGCAGAAGCCUCUUACUUGCGACUUUUGUGACCGAAAGUUUUUAUUCUCCAUCAGUUUACGAAAUCAUCGGAAGCAACAUUUGAAACCCAAACCCAAAGAGCUAACUUGCCCAAAAUGCGGUCAUUCGUUUGCGUUUCGCAGCGAGCUUGAGCGUCACUACAUCACACAUCUGAAGAGACCGGUUUUUAACUGUUCCCUUUGUUCAAAAUCUUUUAGUCGUCUCAGUCGACUAAACGCACAUAUGCGACGUCACCUCGCUCCUGACUUGUUAUCUUGUCGAUACUGUUUCCGAACAUAUGCUUCGCAGGCCUACUUGACACAGCAUCUGAAGAAACAUUGUGUGAGUGCUGCAAAACUUGAAGAUUUAACUCCUUCGAAUCUUUUUGGCCUUGAUCCUGAAACCAUAUUCGAUAAGUUCGACGUAGAAACGGGACAAGAUAAUAUACUGGAUGAGAUUUCUUAUGUCUUCUUGCUUCUUCGAAUAUGCUGCAUUUCGGCUUUUACGAGUCUUUCUAAAUCGACUUGUCUUUCUGGUUUCUUGCAACUGAUUCACGCAUUUUUAAUUAUCCAAAAAUUUGUUAUUCUCUGCUGGCAUUUCAGUUCUUCAUCCGGGCGUGUUACCUCUGUUCAUCUUCGCCACUUAAAAGAUGGCUUUUGUCUUCGCGCUGUUCAACUUGAUGAAUCAGUGCAUUUAUUGAUGAUUACUUAUCGAUUCGCUUCAAUUCGGCUUGCUUGUGAUAUUUUGAAUGCUUUUUGCGGUUACCCAUGUGUUUCACGACAUCCGCCAAUCGGUUCUUUUCACCAUGGUAUCGAUUGUUUUUUGAAGUGGUUUUUGUUACCAGUUUCAGGUGUGCUUCAUUCGUAUGUGAAUGAUGCACUGGUUUCAAACCUGGUGUCUUUCCUAUUGGUACUCGUGGCGAUCUUUGGACACUUUUCCCCUUUCUCGCCCGGUUUUGAUUUUCUCGGUGAUCAGAGUUCUUCUGAGGUCCCUGCUACGGCGCAGCUUUUGCAUAUGCAACCCACUGUCAGUCAUAGUUGCUCUUAG